AUGGCUACGGAUACAGGAUCAGGAAGAGGUAAAGGUGGAAAGGGAGUAACUCUCGGAAAAGGUUCCAAAGGGGCUAAAGCAAGUAAUGGAGGAAAAAGAAUUAGAACUAAAACACAACAAGACGCACUUAAAGGAAUUACUAAACCAGCAAUUAGAAGACUCGCCAGAAGAGGAGGAGUAAAGAGAAUUAAUGGAGCUGUUUAUGAUGAGACUCGUAAUGUUCUCAAACAAUUCCUUGAACAAGUCAUUAGAGAUUCAGUUACAUACACUGAACAUGCUAAAAGAAGAACUGUAACUGCUAUGGAUGUUGUUUAUGCCCUUAAGAGACAAGGAAGAACUCUCUAUGGUUAUUCUUAA